AUCUUGGACUCCUAUAAUACACCCCUCGUUACACUAAUUUUCACCAACCUGUUUACAUUUUUUGGUCAUAGCAAUGGUCAUUUCCCUAUCUAACACCAGUGUCCUUCCCUUCACCACACAACCAAGGCCAUUUCCGGUACCAUUUCUAGCCAAAAAAUCCCAACUUGAAGUUUCAAACUUUGCCACAAAAACACCUACAUCUACAAUAUUAUGCAAGGUACUCUCCAAUACAAGCCACUCCCUCUCGAACGUUAUCACCGAGCUAGAGAAGCAAACACCACACCAAGAUCAAGAUCAAGAUGUACAACUUGAAAACAUCACCACCCAAAUUGAUGAUGAUCAUGACCAUCAGCGCCAAGUAGAAGUAUCCGAUGCUUGGCGUGAAAUCCACGGUCAAGAUGACUGGGUUGGCUUAUUGGACCCCAUGGACCCACUUCUCCGAUCAGAGCUAAUCCGCUAUGGUGAAAUGGCACAAACAUGUUACGACGCUUUCGAUUUCGAUCCCUUUUCCAAGUACUGUGGAAGCUGUAGGUUCAUGCGCCGUGACUUCUUCGAUUGCCUAGGAAUGUCCCACAUCGGCUACGACAUCUCUCGUUAUCUCUACGCAACCUCAAACAUUAACCUCCCUAACUUCUUCAAGAAAUCAAGGUGGCCUAAAGUGUGGUCCAAGAACGCUAAUUGGAUCGGAUACGUCGCCGUUUCUAACGACGAAACAUCCAAACGCUUAGGCCGCCGUGACAUUAGCAUUGCAUGGAGAGGCACGGUGACACGUCUCGAAUGGAUAGCUGACCUAAUGGACUUUCUCAAGCCUAUCUCUUCCAACAAAGUCCCUUGCCCUGACUCAACUGUCAAAGUCGAAUCUGGGUUCUUAGAUUUAUACACAGACAAAGAUGAAUCCUGCAAAUUUUGCAAGUACUCAGCCAGAGAGCAAAUUUUAUCCGAGGUAAAAAAAAUACUUGGCAUGUACGCAAACGAAGAGAUAAGCAUUACUAUCACAGGGCAUAGUCUAGGGGGUGCUUUAGCUAUCUUAAGUGGUUAUGAUAUUGUGGAAACGGGUUUGAAUGUGUUGAAGGAUAGUAGAGCCGUGCCUGUGUGCGUGUUUUCUUAUGCUGGUCCAAGAGUUGGGAAUGUGAGGUUCAAAGAGAGGCUUGAGACUUUGGGAUUGAAGGUGUUGAGGGUUGUGAAUGUGAAUGAUAUGGUGCCAAAGUCACCAGGGCUGUUUUUUAAUGAGCAAGUGCCAUCUAUGUUGAUGAAAAUAGCUGAGGGUUUGCCUUGGAGUUACUCGCAUGUUGGAGUUGAGCUUGCUCUGGAUCAUAAGAACUCGCCCUUCUUGAAGCAGACUAGUGAUCCUACUUGUGCACAUAAUUUGGAGGCUCACCUGCAUUUGCUUGAUGGAUACCAUGGGAAAGGCCAUAGAUUUGUGCUAGCAAGUGGAAGAGAUCCUGCCCUGGUGAACAAGGCCGCUGAUUUUUUGAAAGAUCAUUAUUUGGUUCCACCCUACUGGAGGCAAGAUGAGAACAAGGGUAUGGUGAGGAACAAGGAUGGUCGUUGGGUGCAGCUUGAACGGCCAAAACUCGAUGAUCAUCCUCCAGAUAUGCAUCACCUUCUCAAGCAAUUAGGCCUCGCUCAUUAAUGAAAAAUGCUCUUUUGCUUUCUUGUUUGUAAUUUAUAUGGGGUUACUGCUUAGAGGAAAAGUUCAUUAUAUAAUUAAGGUCAAAUAAUGACACUAAGGCUAGUACAGAAGUUAUUAUGUUAAUAGUCUUUGGGUCCUCUAAAAAGCUGUACAAAUUCAGGACAUUGUGCUUCUUAUCUUUAUUCUUUACACUUUGCAAGGUAUCAACCAAAACUUCAUUUAUAUAAGUUUACUUUUUUUA